GGAAAUAAAGCRCCAUAAGUGCGCUCUAGAAAAUAUAAUACGCUAACUUAUAAAGGAUAACUUGAAGGAAAAUGGCAUGAUCAAAUGUUCUCAGCUUUUUUUGAUCAAGAUUUUAGUUGUUUUUUGCCGACUCAAAAUUAAGGGUUUAGUUAGAAAAGCUACUGGGCAAGGAGCCACCUUACAAAGUUGAGGUCGUUUGACCCUCCCCUCCCUAGCGAAGUAAUUAGUUGCAUAGUUCCCAGGAUUCCUUUUAUUUAUCUAAUGGCGGAUGUGUUCAUGAUGAGUUUUCGUCGUCUUUAUUCUUGAAUUUCAUUUUAAGCGGUUGAAUGGGCAACGUAAACGAUUCCGAUGCUUUAAUCGAGCAGAAACCUAAAGGCACUCAGCUUUUAUAUGCCGCUGAAUAUGGAAAACUAGAUUUUUUGGAAGAAAUUUUGAAGGAUACUCUGGUGGACAUAGACUCUGUCAAUAGCUCCGCAUUAACUCCGUUGCUUUUAGCCUCGAAAGAAGGUCAUUCGGACUGCGUUAAAACACUUCUAGAAGCAGGUGCCAAGGUUGAUGGCGUGGGAGAUAAGAAUACAGCUUUGACACCGAUUUGGAUUGCGACUUAUUCAGGCCACGAAGAAUGUGUUGAAUAUUUAUUACAGGCAGGAGCGAACUUGGACUCAAAGUACCCUGUGACUCCAUUAUACAUAGCGGCGAGUGAAGGCCAAUCUGGCUGCCUUCAAUUGCUUAUAAAUGCUGGGUCAAAUCUUGAAGUUGAGAAUACAAGAUUACAGACUCCGUUAAUCGUAGCUUGCAAAGGACAACAUACACAAUGUGUUGAGCAUUUGGUAUCAGCUGGUUCUGAAAUCAAUAUUACUGAUAAAGAUGGCUUUACUCCUUUGUAUUAUGCUUGUUCUUAUGGACCUGAUGGAAAUGAGAUAUUAGAGAUACUGCUUAGUGGUGGAGCUAAUAUCAAUCAGAUCUGUGAACAUAAAUCAUCUUCUACACCUUUACACAUCUGUGCUAGUAGAGGUAAGGUCAAAAGCACAAGACUCCUGUUACUGUAUGGGGCAUCAGUAAAGGUAAAGGAUUCAAAUGGCCACACACCACAACAACUGGCUGAACCUGAUUGUAGAGAAUUGUUAGAAGGUUAUGUUCCACCUCUGAAACAGAUGUGCUGUUGGACCAUUAGAGAGCAUCUAGGACCCAAAAAAUUGUAUUAUAUUACGGAAUUACCUAUACCAUGGACAUUGAAGAACUUUACUGUAAAUGAUUCUGAUUUUGAAAAAGUCACUAAUAUGAGCAGUGCAUGGAUGGGCAACCAGAACGAAGUAAUUCACAGCACGAAAUAUGACGAUGAGCUACCACUCAUUCAAGCCGCCAAAUCAGGAAAUAUUGACUUAUUAAAAAGGCUGUUACGAGAAGAAGAUCUUAAUGUGGAAGUCACGGAUCAAUUUGAACUCACUCCUCUAGCUUAUGCUGCGAGAAAUGGUCAUGAAGAAUGCAUAAAGGCACUGGUAUCUGCCGAGGCCAGAAUCGAUGGACUUGGGCGGAAUAAAACGUCGACCAUUCCUACGGAACCUCUUCAUUUAGCUGUACGAAAUAAUCGGGUAGAAUGUGUGGAGGUUUUAAUCGCUACAGGCUGUGAUGUGAACAUCAAGAAUAAUCGUGUUGGUAAAACGCCAUUACACGUAGCGUGUCAUGCAUCACAACAAGAAUGUAUAAUGCUGUUGGUUUCGGCUGGAUGUGAUGUUAAUGCUGUUGACGCAUAUGGAAACACUCCUCUUUUUACAUCCUGUUUUUACUCUCAUGAUGGUCAUGAUAUUCUUAAGAUAUUGUUGAAUGCUGGUGCUGAUGUCAAUCAAGUGUCAAAACGCUAUGAUCAAUAUUCACCCCUUCACAUAUGCGUGUGUAUGAAUAAAUACAAAAGUACUGAGUUUCUACUGAAGAGUGGAGCUGACAUGAAUGCUACUGAUCGCGAGGGCUUAAGACCAAUAGACAAAACGGAAAAAGGAUCACUAAGUUGGAAAGUUUUAAAAUCUUAUGAAGGUCAAGUUCAUCCUCUGAUCUGCAUAUGUCGCUGGACAAUAAGAAAGAUGCUUGGACCAAAAAGACUGGAUAGUAUCACAACCUUGCAUAUACCAAAAAUUAUGCAAAGAUAUUUAUUGAAAUACGAAUUCUGAAUUCAGAUAUUUUAUUUGUUUGAAUAACUACGAAAAUAUAAUUAAUGAUUAAAUCGUAAUCUCAUUAACUUAUAUAAUCAUAAUUUAUUAUUGUAUAUAUCAGUUAUUGCUGAAAUUAAACUGCAUAUGCAACAUCUCA